AUGUUUUUACCAAAAAUAUGGAUAAUAUGUCGUGUUUGUUUGAAACAACAAGAGGAAAUGUUUAAUAUAUUUAAUGAUGUGGUCGUUAAAAGUAUUUGGACUCUACUGAGGGACUGUGGUGGUGUGCCGGUCAGAAGAAAUGAUGAUUUGCCGGAUAAAAUAUGUGAACAAUGUUUAAGAAGACUGUGUAAAGCCAAUACCUUUCGAAUCGAUUGUCAACGUGGCCACCGUGAACUCGUACAGAAAUUAAUGGAAAGAAAUAUCAAUAUGUAUGAAAUAGAUUUAGAGGAGGAAAGGAAAUAUUCUACUGAUGUCAUUUCGAUAUCUGAUACAAUAAACGAUUACCCAGUUUCAAGCUACAUAACAAAAUUGGAACCACAAUUUUAUAUUAAACAAUCAGAAAAUAGCGAAAAUCCAGCAGAUGCAUCUAACGAGAAUAUUACUAUUGAAAAUGAAAUCAGAAACCAUAACAAGAAACAAUAUUGUGUAGUUUCAAAAAAUAACACUGAAGAAACAAUUGUUGAAACAACUGCCAAAACAUCGAAUCGAAAAGAACCCAUUGUAUUAUUAUUGAAAUUAAAAAAUAUACAGCAUGAUAAAAAUCCAGCAGAAACAAAUAAAACGGAUUCGCCAACGAAACUAGAAACAAAGAAAAAAACUGAAACAAAAGCAUCAAAUAAAAUGUAUACGAAAAUAACAAAUGAAAAGGCGAAAUUGAAAACUAGAACUAAAACAAUAAAAGCGAAAACGAAAACUAUUUUAAAAACGAAAUUGAAAUUAAAAUCUAACAGUAUUAAAAACUAUUUUACAGGAAAUGCAAAUUUUACCUGUAAAGUGUGUAAGAAAAAGUAUAAUAAUUAUGUCCUUUUACGCCAUCAUAUGUAUACCCACGAUAGACCACAUCAAUGCCAAAUUUGUAAGAAAAGUUUUAGUCAAAUUCAAGCAUUUUUGUGUCAUAAAAACCGGCAUACUGGAAAAAAACCAUAUAAUUGUAGAUUUUGUAAUAAAACAUACUCAGACAUUUCAAAUCGUAACAGUCAUGAGAGAUGUUUUAUCUGCAACAAAGAGUAUGCUUCUCUUCAAAUGGUGCGUAAUCAUCAUAAUCGGAUACAUUUAAAAUUAUUAAAUAAAUAA